AUGGAUGAUAGGCUAAAUAAUCCAAUUCCCCUGGAAAACUUCAAUCACCUUAUCCGUCUACUGGCCACUACUGUUUCUGGUUUCCUAUCACUUAGAAUCCUUCUAACUCCUGUACGUGCCCGCGAAGCCAAGCUCCGAAAUCUGGCUACAUUGACACAACCAGGACUCUCAGAGGAGCGUCUUGCUCUUCUUUCUCGUUUGCCUGACCUUGUUUUGCCAGUUUGGAUGGUGCUACGCCAGCAUGGUGCCGUGGGCCCCUCCGGCCGUGGGUGUAAACCAAUGUCUUUGACAGCGUUAUCAAGCAAGCUGUCACAGGGCCGCAGUGGCCUCGGACCAGAUGCUGCAGUAGAGCAUAUAGACGAAUUGCACAAGAUUUUACCUGACUGGCUUCAACGCGUUGAUUGGGCCAAGCCUCAUUUUUUUUUAGCAGAUGCUGAUCGACCUGUCAAAGACGUCAUCAAAUUUGUCAAGGAUUACAUCCUAAAGCACGGUUUAUCGGUGUGA